UGCUUACGUGUUGGAUGUGAAGGUUUCCGCACAUUGCUCGUGACCCUCAACGAAGUAGUACGUUUUGUGUGUCGAAAAAACUAAGAACACGUGUCUAUUUUAUUUUUAUAUUUCAAGCAUUGCUAAAAUUAUAUUUGUUUCGUAUAAGUGUCUGGGGAAGUGAUUGUGAUCAAACGCGGUGAUUGUACUUUGUGGACCAUGCUUGCCUCAAGCGGUUUUCGCUAAGCGGUGAUCUGGAUUUUUACUGCACAAUUACUACAACAUACUGAUCUAACCUGAAAGUUAGACAUACAAGUACAUCUCGUUAGGACUUUCAUAAAAGUGUAUUUAGUUUAGUCUGCAUUUUUGCAAGGACAUUAACCUACUUGCGUUAGUAACUAAUGAUAAACUGUGAUAAAAAACAAUCUGAUAUAAUGGAAUGGCCCACAAUUAUUGGUAAAAGUGGCUUUUUACAAUGGCACCUUGUCGUCAACUACUUAUGUGGUCUGUCCCAUCAAUAGCAGUUUUAUUGGGAAUUUUCUGGUUCCGAAAAAAGAGGGAGUAUGCCAAGUCUGACCCUGGUGGAAGAGAAAGACUAAAAAGCUUAAAAGAAGAAUUAGCUGAAGUUUUGAAUGCAGAGGCUCAGGCUAUGAGAAUUUCCCCGUGUGGCAAAACAGACCGCUCAAUCAUUAAAUCCGCUCCAAUUGACAUUGUCCCUAAUGGUAGUGGUUCUCAACGAUCAUCGCCCUUACAACUUACUGAUGAAGAAGUAGAUAUAGAGAUAGAAAAAAUCAUAAGGAAAAAAUCCCUUGAAAAGGAAAAGAGGAUGUCUUUUGGGACUGGUACCCAAAGCUUAGUUGCUAACAGUUGUAAAAUGGAGUCUUCAUUUGUCAUCAAAGAAACCCCUUCCAACUUAUUUUCAUCACUUGAAACAGAAAAUACUUACAAUAAGAAUGAUGUUGAUGCUUGUUCUAUAAAAACCAAUGAAAUUGAUGCAAAAGUUGUGAUUUCUAAGGAUAGUAUUACAGAUGAACUGGAAGCAGAAUAUUCACAACAGAAUAGUACAAAACUAGAUACUGCUGCAUCUGAAGUCAACACUACUGACGACAGUACAGUAGCAGAUACAGAAGAAUUAAAUAUGAAUAAUAAUAAUAAUGUUGUUGAUGAACCUAGUGAUAGUAAUGACAGUGAAAAUAGAUUCUCAGCAGCACAAACAAGACGUAUCUCAGAAAGAGAUUCUGCCAAUCACAGUCCAGUGGACCCAAUGCUAGCUAGUCCAUCAAUGUGUCACUUUUCAGAUAACCACAGUGAGGGUUCAAGUGACAGUGGAAAAGGAUGCUCAGAGGCGGCUAGCCCACCUCCAGCAAAUUUAAACAUGGUUCCCUCAGAUGCAGGGCUUAGAAUUCAUCAAUUUAUUAUACCACAGACCCUGGUUGGUCUGCUAAUAGGAAAACAUGGGUCCUUUGUCACCCAAAUUAAGGCUAAAACUGGUGCAAGUGUGUAUGUUAGGAGACAUCCUGAUUCUGUCAAGCAAAAGAUUUGUGCAGUUGAAGGAACUCAGAGUGAAAUUGAAGCAGCAUUAGAAAUGAUCAAGGAGAAAUUCCCUGAAAAGAGAUUUCCUAACUUCUCACUUCAGGAAAUCAGUGCUGAGCUAUAUCAAAAGCUGGCUCCUCUCGUACCAGAGUUCCUUCAACUUGUGGAAUCGGUGAACAACGACACCAUAAUGACGUGCCUCGUGAGCGCGGGGCACUUCUUCCUGCAGCAGCCCCUGCACCCCACCUUCCCCUCUCUGCACGCACUGCACCGCCUCAUGGCCGCCACCUACCAAAAUCCGGAUGUGCCGGCUUUACCGCGCCCUGUUAAAGAGGGCUCCAUAUGCGCGGCGCCGACAGAGAACAACUGGUACCGCGCGCAGGUGAUCUCCACGUCGGAGGAGAAUGACACGUCUGUGGUGAAGCUGGUCGACUUCGGGGGCUACCUCACCGUGGACAACGACCAGCUCAAACAGAUCCGUUCAGAUUUCAUGACCCUGCCCUUCCAGGCAACAGAAGCCCUUCUGGCCUUCGUGAAACCAGCAAAUAAUGAAGCGGAGUGGAGCGGCGAGGCGCUCCGCAUCAUGGCCGGGCUCACCGCCGGGCAGCUGCUGCACGCGCAGGUGGCCGGCUACGACGAGGCGGGCCUGCCGCUCGUCCACCUCUACCUCACACUUAACCCGCAGCAAGUAAUAUUCCUGAACCGAGAGCUGGUGGAGCGCGGGUUGGCGGAGUGGGACGUGCCGCCGGACUCGUGAACCGCUCCGAGACUACUUUUAUUUUAUGAAGCUGACUAGUUUUAUGGGGUUGCAUUUCUAUUGACACUAUUGAUUGUACAUAAUUUAAAUGUCACCGUUUACCGAUUGCUGUAGUGAAAGAUCGUGUAGUCUCUCACCUACGACUAGUUGUGCGAGUUGUCACUUGUAAGCUCUUAAAUUAAUAAAUGUUACGAUUUCAGUUUCUCUUUUUUGGUUCGUUAGCGAGAACUUUAGGCUGCUACUUUGCUAUUGACUCGUUAUGUAUAAGUAGUAAAUUAAAACGGGAAUAGGAAUAUGUACUGUUUGUACGUAUCAGUACCGCGAACCUAGAUCUAAAGCCCUAUUCGCUUGUAACUUACUAUUGAUACUCUUUGUCGGAGCUCCCACAAUAGGAACUGUUAGAUACAAUACGCUUAUGAUAUGAUUGAUUAGAUAAAUUCAUAAAGUAUACCGCAAAUUGUUGUUGUAAUUAUAUUAUAAGGUUAUUUUUACGUUUUUGGGACUUUUUGUCCAUUUCCUAAAUUAUCUUUUAUGAUAAUGAUGAUAAAUUUUGUAGGUUUUGGAUACAAAUGCAGGAUGCGCUCAUUAUACAUUUUUUGUUGACACUGCCUUAUGCAUUUUCGUAUUAACGCGCCAGAAACGUUAUUUCUGAUCCUCAAAACAAAAUUAGUUAAUUUUGUUACAAAUUUGUAAUUACAUAGCUAUUUUUUUCUAAUGUGCCAAAAGUUGCAUUCAUAUUUUUGCCGAAUUAGUUUUUUUUUAAUUUGUACUUAUUAUGUAGAAAUAUAAAGGCAAUUAAUGCCUUUUUAAGACGUGCCUUCUGAUAAAUUUUAAUUUCCAGUGAUUAAAAACUAAUUUCAUUACAUGAAAUGAAAUGUAUCUAAAAUAGUAUUUGUCACAUGAUGCAAAUUUUUGUACUAAUUGACCAUCUUCUUGAAUGGUACUUAUAAUAGUAAGAACUGUACCUUGGAUUCACCAAUGUUGUGACAAAAAAGUAUUUUACUUAUGUUGUACCCACACGAAGCGGUGUUUCAGUGAUCUUCUUUGUAAUUAAUUAUGAAUGACUGAGAAUGUAUAUUAGUGUUGUAUAUUAUCUGUGUAUAAAAGUACAAUAGGACAUCACGAUGUGGCUGGUUCAAGUAAAGAUGUUAUUGUACUGGUAUGAUAUAUGAAAUCCUUAUCUUCCUUUAAUUACUUUGAUAGGGUGGCUAAUUUCAUUGCAGUGCACUGAAAACUUUUCUUCAAAACUUCUUUUAAACCCCUUUUUUUAUUACAACACAUUAACAUACUUCCAGUUUCAUUCCACAAAUGCCAAAACAUCUGCAAGACAACUGGCCAUCUUAUUGAAUAUUGAUUUCCUAUCGAUCAAAUAUUUAAAUCUAUUUUCUUUCAGAUGGCACAUUUAAUAACUUUGUGCAACUUCUGCAUUGAAGCUUUGUGGUAACUAACAAAUUAUUUAGUUUGAACUGAAACUAUAAUGAGCAAGUUGACUAUCCUGAUUUUGAUAGUAUAAUAGUGUACAUAAUAGAGCGUUUAAGUAGUUAUAAAGCAAUAUUCAGUGUUCUUUUAGUAAAUUCAGUAUUUUUAAUAUGUUGAAAAAAUAAGUGUUUCGUCUUAGUGGUAAUUUUUUUUGUAUGCGUAUUGUGUAGUAAUCUUGGCAAACUCAUGGGAACUUUGUGACUAUUAGACUGUAGUUAAUUUUACAUCAUCGAGUCGUGACUUAGAUUAUUAUGAUUAUAAAGUACCAAGCCAGAGAAGUUAUGUUAAAAAUCAUGUUGAAUACAUAGUUGGUACAUAACAAAAAAUAAUUGGUUAGUGUAAUGAUUACUUAGAUAGCUGGCUCUCCGUUUGCAUUUUGUUGACGUCCCUAUUGUAAAUAAACUAAUAUAUUUGCGGUUAAAUCAAUAAAUUAUCGUUUUAA